AUGGAAGCAAUUUCUACAUUGCCAAGCACCCAUCAACCAGUAAGGUCCAUUAGUUUGCCCCCUAGAAUACACCCUUCUUCUCAAAGAGUUGAAGCAUUAUUGAACCAUCUCAAACCUCACCAUCACCAUCAAUCCCAAUCUGUUGCAAGCACCAUUUGUUUGGAUGCAGAGACAAUACAAAGCGAUUUGGUUUUGCUUGCUGAGUUAUACAACUGCAUGCAGGAACUCUUCCAUUCUCGACAGACCCACCAAGCUCUUUUGCGCUACCAGGAUGGGAAACUGGUGGAAGAGGCAUUAUGUGGCUCAGUCACACUUCUAGAUGCAUGUGGAGUAGCAAGGGAUUUAUCAUUGGCUCUAAAAGAACAUGUGCAAACUCUUCAAUCAGCUAUACGUAGAAGAAGAGGGGAUUCAAGCAUUGAAAGAAGCAUUUGUGAAUAUGAUAACUUCAGGAAGAAGGCCAAGAAGGAAAUUGCCAAGCAACUAAGUGCAUUGAAGAGAAUGGAUAGCAAAGUUAUUUGUUUUUCUGUAAUGGGUGAAGAUCAACAUAUAGUAUUCUUGGCCAGGGUUCUAAGAGAUGCAAGCACAAUCACAAUCUCUAUAUUUCGUUCCCUUUUUCUAUUCCUGUCAAUGCCAGGACUCAGAACAAAGGGGUCCUCCAUGAUCUCAAAGCUGAAGCCAAUGAGGUUGUUUUCUUCUGAGAAAGAACAGGAGAACACUAAUGUUGUAGACCUCAGUGCUGUGUGCUCCCACAUUGGAAGAGGAAAACACAGUGAUUACAAGGUUGAAGUUCAAAGUGCACUGAAAGUGUUAGAGACACUGAAUGUUAGUAUUGAUGGUCUUGAGGGUGGAUUAGAUUGCAUUUUCAGACGUUUACUCCAAAAUAGAGUGUCAUUUCUUAAUAUGCUUGCUCAUUAA